AUGCAGUACGUCAACAUCCCGCGGGACCGCGAAGACCCCAACUACCGCUACAAAAUGCCCAAGUUGCUCUCCAAGAUCGAGGGCCGCGGCAACGGCAUUCGCACCAACGUCUACAACAUGGGCGAAAUUGCCCGCGCUCUCAAAAGACCCCCCAUGUACCCCACCAAGUUCUUCGGCUGCGAGUUGGGCGCGAUGGUCAAGUUCGAAGAAAACGAGGAAAAGGCCCUCAUCAACGGCGCCCACAGCGAGGAGGACCUCGUCGCCAUUCUCGACAAGUUCAUUCAAAUGUACGUGCUGUGCGGGGGCUGCGACUUGCCGGAAAUUGACAUAACUGUGAAGAAAGGAGUUUUGGUUUGCAAAUGCAACGCCUGCGGCUACUCGGGGACUCUGGACAAUACUCACAAGGCGGCGACUUACAUGGCGAAGAAUCCGCCAAAUGCGACUGAGACCACUCUGGGGAAGAAGAAGAAGACCAAGGAGGAGCGCAGGGCCGAGAAACUCGCCAAAGAAGAAGACAAGUCCGAAAAAACUUCCAAGGAAAAGAAAAACAAAGACAAAGACAAAAAAAAGAAAAAAGGAGAAGAGGAAAACGACACCGACGGCCUCAACUCCAAAGCCGUGGACCACUCCGGCGACGCGACCCCGACCAACGCCGGCGAAGACAGCUGGGACGAGGAGAAGUCCUCGGAGGCGGACAAAAAGGAAAAAAAGAAAAAGGAAAAGAAACACGCCAAUGCAGAAGGGCCUAAGUUGGUGGUUAAGGAAGCACUGACAAUAAAUUGUCCGGAAAUAGCCGAAGUCGCCGCGCGACUUCGCAACAUGAUUGGCACUUCUUCGGCGGUGACUCCCGACAGUUUUUUCGUUGAACUCCGGAUGCUGCAGGUUUCCCAGGACUUCGACGCCAAGUGCCGGAUGUACGUGGUGCUGAGCGCGCUGUUCAAGGACGGGCUGAGUCCGGAGUUGCUGGAGGAGAAAAUGGCAUUUGUGGCGAAGUGCUGCGACUCUUCAGUGCAUGCAGAAGAUAUAUUAUCGGCUUUGGAGAACUUUUGCUUCGAAAAUGCCCUCACUGACAUGGCCAGCUUCCCCUACCUGCUGCAGCGCCUCUACAACGCAGAACUCCUCGAGCCCGAAGACAUCCUCGCUUACUACGACAGCCCCCGCGCCGACGCCGCCACGCAGAAGUGCAGAGCCUUUGCGGAGCCCUUCUUGAAGUGGCUGGCCGAGGCGGACUCCAGCGACGAGGAGUGA